AUGGACAGAGUGUAUUUGGAUGACAGUGGAGAACUGGCAGCCGACUUGGACAUUGUGAACUGGGUGGUGUUUCCCAAUAAGUCUGUCCUUAAGGUGAAGUUUGGGAAUCUGUACAAAGAGGGAUCCCCAGACCUACACUUCACCAUCAACCAGGAUGCCAUUGUGUGGCCUAAAUGGCUCAACCAGACCCUGCCUUCCUCCAGGUGUGUGGAAAGCUGCCGCCCUGGAUCUGUCAAGGUGGUUCAGGAAGGAAAUCCACUUUGCUGCUACGACUGCGUUCCCUGCGGGGAAGGGACCAUCUCCACUCAGGAAGAUGCAGAGUGGUGCACCAAAUGUCCAGUAGAUCAGCAUCCAAACAAGGACAAAGAUCAGUGUAUCCCCAAGACUAUCAUCUUCCUGGCCUAUGAAGAUUCUUUGGGGAUCCUCCUGGCUUCUCUCAUCCUGUUCUUGUCCUUGACCACAGGCUUUGUUUUAGGUACUUUCAUUGCAUUCCAAGAAACUCCGAUAGUCAAAGCCAACAACCGGGACCUCUCCUACAUCCUCCUCGUCUCCCUCCUGCUUUCCUUUCUGUCCUCCUUCCUCUUCAUCGGCCAGCCAAGAAAAGUGACCUGUCUUCUCCGACAAACAGCCUUCAGCAUCAUCUUCUCAGUUGCUGUCUCUUCUGUGUUGGCAAAAACCAUCACUGUAGUGCUGGCCUUCCUAGCCACAAAGCCAGGGAACAGAGCGAGGAGAUGGCUGGGUAAGAGUCUGGCCAACUCCAUUGUUAUUUCCUGUUCCAGUGCCCAAGUUAUCAUAUGCACCAUCUGGUUGAGUAUCUCUCCCCCAUUUCCAGAGUCUGACAUGCACUCCCAGCCUGGAGAGAUCAUCCUGCAAUGCAAUGAAGGGUCUGUCACCAUGUUUUAUGUUGCUCUUGGCUACAUGGGCUUCCUGGCUGCCAUCUGCUUCACGGUGGCUUUCCUAGCCAGGAAGCUGCCUGGGGCCUUCAAUGAAGGCAAGCUGAUCACUUUCAGCAUGUUGGUCUUCUGCAGUGUUUGGAUCUCCUUUGUGCCCACCUAUCUGAGCACGAAGGGGAAAUACAUGGUAGCCGUGCAGGUCUUCUCCAUCUUGGCCUCCAGUGCUGGGCUUCUGGGCUGCAUCUUCAUUCCCAAGUGCUACAUUAUUCUCCUGAGGCCUGAUCUGAAUACAAAGACACAUUUAACAACAAAAGUUUCUCAUGAAACAGCUUUUCAGAGGUGUCAUUUAUCAAGAGCAAUGUGA